GAACAAACCGGCACUAGAGAGUAAUAGCGAAGAAGGGAACGAUCUACUGUCACUGUCUACGACGACGACGACGACGGAGAGCUGAGCAGAGAAGAAGGAGAACGCGCCGGCGAUGGCGGUCGGGAUAGGUUUUAGGCGUAGGCUUGAUUUUCUGCUGUUGGUAAUUGCGAUUCUCUCGGCGCCUGUACUUUCUGAUCUGAUCCUCUCCAAAGUCGAACGACAGAUUGAUUUGACCUCACAGAUCGCACGCAUCUCCUCUACAAUCAAGGCGGAGAAUGACGGCUCAAGUUCGGUUUCGGAGAUUCUGCUGGCCAUCCCUGAGCUCCAGGCUAAGAAUCUGGCGUAUUUGACUGCUAGAGUCAUUGAAGGGAAAGGGAAAGCGAGAACUUCUGGUUUAGCUCUCACGGUUGAACCUGCCAAUCCUAAAGGGAUGCCGCCGGCUCUGAGUUUCUACUCGAUAGUACUGCCCAAGCCUUUGGCUAAUGGCGAUAGUGUGACCUUGGAUGUCUUGGCUGCCUUUACCCAUAGCUUGAGGCCAUUUCCCGAGAAGAUCACUCAGGCUGACAUUCACCUGGUGUUGUUCCAAGAUACUGGACACUAUCUCUCUCCUUAUCCAGUCAAGGUUCAAUCCCUUGCUGUGAAACUGCCCCAGGCUAGGAUUGAGUCAUACACGAAGCUCGAUAACACAAAGAAUCUUGGCUCGGAGAUCAAAUAUGGCCCGUAUGAGAACCUCCCGCCAUUCUCAUAUUCUCCAAUCGCCAUACAUUUCGAAGCCAACCAAGCAUUUGCUGUUGCUCGGGAGCUAGUGAGAGAGAUCGAGAUCUCCCACUGGGGGAAUGUGCAAGUCACCGAGCAUUAUGACAUUGUCCAUGGAGGUGCCAUGAGCAAGGGUGAAUUUUCCAGGCUUGACUACCAGUCCAAACCCCAAAUUCGUGGUGCAUCAGCCUUCAAGCAUCUUGUCGCUAAACUGCCUCCCAGGGCUCAUUCUAUUUAUUACAGGGAUGCGAUUGGAAACAUAUCGACAUCCCAUGUGAGGGGGGACUCAAAGAAGACAGAAAUUCUGAUUGAGCCUAGAUAUCCAUUAUUUGGUGGUUGGAGGACUGCAUUCACUAUAGGAUACGGUUUGCCGCUUCACGAUUUUGUGUUCGAGUCAGAGGGGAAACGUUUCUUGAACUUCUCCUUUGGUUCUCCUAUGCAUGACAUUGUAACAGAUAGCAUCACUUUGAAGGUUGUCUUGCCAGAAGGAUCCAAGUAUCUCUCUGUUUCUACUCCAUUUGCUGUCCAACAGGAGGAAGAGAUAAAAAUGUCUCAUCUAGACAUUUUUGGCCGACCUGUUAUUGUGCUGAAAAAGGCUAAUGCUGUGCCAGAGCAUAAUCAAUUUUUCCAGGUCUAUUACAAGUUCAAUGCACUUGCAAUGCUGAUGGAGCCAUUUAUGUUGAUAACUGGAAUAUUCUUCCUUUUUGUCACUUGCAUAGUUUAUGUGCAUGUUGACUUAUCAAUCUCCAAGUCUUCAGCUUCAUAUUUAGCAAAAUUGCAGUGGGAUGAGGUGAGAGCAACAGUGCAGCAGAUUCAAAAUAUCAUCAACCAGUGUCUAUCCACACACGAAAAGCUAGAAGCAUCACUACGUGACCUCUCCAGAACUGGAGAUGUUCAAGCUUGUAAAGCCGCUCGCAAGGCAGCUGAUGGCUUGUUGAAGGAGCUGUCGAAAGAGCUGAAGCCCUUGAUCGCAUUCUUGCAAUCUACACCUCCUGCUGCUCAUAUUUUGCCCAAGGUAGAGGAGCUGGUAGCAAAGGAGAGGGAAUUGCAGGAGAGGCUGAUGGCCAAGCACUCAACCAUAGUCGAUUCCCACGAGAAGAAGCUUGGAGGAAAGGAAACCGAGAACCGGGUUGCUUCCGUGCAACAGAAGAUUGUAGCUUUGAGACAGGACAUUGAAGAUCUGAUGGAAUACGUCGAUGAAAUAUAAAAGUUUUGUUAGACUGGCACUGCAGAAUUAUGCUAGGAAUUCGUAUUAGACGUUUCCUCUACUAGUUGUGAACUUUUAUAGCUAUUAGAAGAAGAGAGCGUUGACGGUUGUUAAGAAUUUCAGUCCUUCAGCUGUAACCAACAUUGAACGAUAGCAUGGGGUUGAAAUGGGUUCCAUAAUUUAUUAUCUACUAGCAAGACCUGCUCGCUUGUGCUUCGUGAUGAGUGAAUCUAAGCCUGCGAUGCGCUUUCGAGAAUUGAUCUUGUAAGAGAGUCAAUAUAGAUUCUUAACUUAGCAAGAGUAUUUUGAAAGGUACAUAUAAACUUGUCUUAUUAGUAAAGUAACUCAGGUUACAUAACUAAAAAAGAAGUUGAUUCUUAAAGAGCAUAACACUAUACAGAAUUACAGACUAAAAAACACUAAGCAACGACAUUGACGCUUCAUAUAGUUAAAGACCAACAAAUGAAAGGAUAGCGAUAAAAUACCGAAUGUACUUGAAAUGCAUUUAGUUAUACUACAAUGCAAUAACAGAGCAAAAUUUGAGCUGUUAUAUCACUAAAGGAACGUAUCCAAUAAUAUCCUAAGAGUCUUUCCAUAGCUUAUACUGGUCGAGAAGAAAAAAAGAAGUGUAAUGCCUGUCUCUAACUGGCAUAGAAUGACAAAUUAGAAGUGAAACGAAGAAACAAUCAGAAAAAGAAAAUAAAUACAACAUGCAAGACCAAAAAUGGGCCUAACCUAAGUCAACGUCCUUGGGACUAUGGCCGACGUCGAUUGUCGCCGCCAUUCACCUCGUCUUCCCUUCCCUCUACUGUUUCCACCCGGAAGAACUUCCCUCGGCGUAACAAAAACCCAGAAAUAAUCAGAAUUCAAGACAACCCCAAAAAUUCUAACAAUUCAACACUCAAAACCAAAAACAUAUCUCACCUAAUGCAUCGUCGUUAGGAUCAUCACCGUCAUCGACCGUAGUUCACCAUCUAAGGACCUUCCUACCGUCAUAAGAGUGGGUAGAGCAAAGAAAGAGGAGUAGAUUUAAAACACUUAAUCGAUAUGAUAAAAUAAAAAACUCACCCGGCCAAUAGGCCAGGAAUAAAGCUAGUUAUUAUUUAUAUAAUAAUUGUUAUGGCAAUGCAUUUUUGAUAAAUUGCUAAUCAACACCACUAAAACUGAUAGGUGAAGAUUUAAACUUCUAGCCAAACACUUGGCUUAUUGUACAUAUACAUUGCUAAUAAUGCCUACUAAAACUGCUAGUAUAAGCCUUAAACAAUACGUGAACACAAUGGACUCCAUAGAAAAGUUACAAUCAUAUGUCUAUUUCUUUGAGAACACUCUGAUAUACAUAGUUCUACAGUGAAAUAUUUCCCCGUAUUUGCUCAAUUAACUCUUCUUGCUCAAAAUAUUGAAGAAUACUAAAGUCUUGAACCGACAUUUGCAACAAUUGAACCAUUGCGGAAUGACUAAACUCGAUAUUUUCAUUAUCCACGAAAUCUUUGCAGCACACUAAUGCAUCAUACCUGCAUUGAAUAAAAAGUGUUCAUCAUUGCUUAUAGAUAACAGAAAAAAUAACACACAUAAAAUUCAUCCUAACUUACCAGCAAGUGUUAUUUUCUCGUCUCACUCUUCCAUGAUCUGCAAUAAAGUCCUCAAUUUGUACCAAACACCAAUAUCUUGCCUAUAUAGAAAUAUACCGGGUUAGAGAAAGAAUUUUAUUCAAUUUGACUUCUCAACGAUAUAAGAUAAUAUACCUCAAGGUUAAUAUCAGCAGUAGAAAGGAAUGUACGCAUCAUCUGUAAGGUAACCACAAUUGGCAAAGGAUCUCUAAAGCAAGAAACACUCCUUGUUCUUGUGUGCUUGAGUAUAAUAAUUGGCCUAUGUUCAUGAAAAUAUCUGUUAAAAGAUUUUGGUUAGUGAGUAAUUCUUCAUAUUUAAAAUCAAAGAAUAAAUCUAACAAUGAGUU